GUAAACAUGCCAGAAUUCUACCCAGAAACACAUUCACUCCCGGAGCGCAAUUUCGUAGCAGUCGUACGAAAUGAAUAUUUUAAGGCAAUUUUUCCCAAUUUCACUACAAUUAUCGAAAUGUUUAUCAACCGUUAGCACACAGCAAUCAUUUGCCCUUCUCCAAAGGAAAACGGUACCAUCCGUAAGAGGCAUUUCCACUACGGUGCCACGGUUUGAGUUGACCGAAUUUUUCGACGACAAAAAGCACUGGGGAGAACAAGAGGUUAAGCAUGGCCGUGGAUGGACGAAGGAUGAUCUGCGGAUCAAGUCAAACAGUGAUCUGCACCAGCUGUGGUUUGUACUGCUGAAGGAACGUAAUAUGCUACUGACGAUGGAACACGAGUGCAAAGAAAAAAUGGAACUAUUUCCCAGUCCGGAACGGUUAGAUAAGGUUAAAGAAUCAAUGGAAAAUCUGGAAGAAGUGGUUCGGGAGCGAAAUCGUGCAUACCACGAACUGGAAACCGGAAAGACUGGUGAACGUCCUGGUAAAGUCGUUCCUAACGAGCUCGGCAUACGGUUCUACUAUCGUGCAUUUGAGCAUGUAAUUCCAAAGUACGCUAACACCAAGUGGAACGAACGGCACAAGUUUACCUAUGGUGGACACGCCGUGAGGAAAUUUUUGCGCCUUUAUCGUGAACGGUUGUACAACGAAAAGCGAAAGCUACGCAACCGGGAACGUAACGAGGUAGUCCAUCUGUUGCGCCGCUUCCCCAACAUUGAUCGUGACACGCUGGCGCAACGGUUUCCUUCCGUGGACGUGGAGAAACUGUACAAACUGGAUAAAAUUCGAUUGAAUUAGUCAGUACAGAGUAGUUCGUAAAUAGCUGCCGGAAAGUCACCCCCCUUACACAUUUAAUAGUUACGAAUAAAAUGCAUUCGGAACCGA